AAAAUUAAAAAAAAAAUAAAAAAAAAAAAAAAAAAAAAAAAUUGAAAAAAAAAAAAAAAAAUUUUUUGUUUGAGAACUGGUUUCAGGAGGGCAUCCACCUUUCUUUGUUUCAGAACUGGUUUCAGGACGGGCCUAAGAAUCUACCCUACCACUUCGUUGGGUUGAGUUCUCUUAUAAAUUUCAGUUUAAGAUGUUCGCUCAAUUAAGUCUUGUUUUUCAACCGCUUCCGAUCCUGAAAUGGAUUUAGAUUGUCAUGAAAAGUGUGUAAUCGCCGCAAAGCGUGUAAUUUGUGAAGAGUCGCGUGAAGAGUCACCGGUACCGAGAAAAAAAAAACGGUGUGAAUUGUUUGAUGUCGUUCCGUCGGUCAUCUCUCCAGCGGUGCCGGAAGUGAGUGGGAGAGAGAAGAGAGCGUCGUCAGAAGACAGUAUCAUAUAUGUGGGGUGUGAAACACUAACCCCAAAAACUAUAGAAAGGGAGCGCUUAAUUUUAAAAGUUAAGAAAAAUAAAGUGGUGGUGACUCCCCAAACUAUUACUGUAGCGGCGGAGGUGCACGCUCCCCCAAGCACUUCAAGUGACUACGUACCUGUUAUCGAGGAUAUCUCCGAGCCCGAAGACGGUACACCUGUGCUAACUUACUCCAAACCCUCUGUCGAGGAUGAAAUAUUAAAUAUCGCUGAUUAUAAAAGGGAAGAAAUUGAGAAACCCAUGACAGAGGUAAAAGUUUUAGAAAAAAAAAUAAUCUCGGAGUCACAGCCGUCACUCAAUACUGUAGUGGCGGAUGUUCUACAAAUCACAAAUAGCGAUGAAGCCCACCACAUCGCGUUUUGUGACGAUUUCAAAGGAGGGUUAGUGGCGGCUCUAGAACGCCAUCGGGACCGCCUCAAGAAUAGGUUGGACGAAAAUACCAAGGAUAGCGAUUUACUUGAGGAAGCUGUCCAGAAUAUAUUUUCGUAUGCUAAGAAAAUGAUGGAGGCAUUUCAUUUGGAAAAAACUCGCCUAAUCGUUGAUCUUAACAACACAAAAACUCUCCUAGCGAAUGCUGUAAAAUCAGAUUCUCGAGACUUAUUCAGCAAAAAUGCCGCUGGUGAUAUCCGGAGAUGCGGAAUGACGGAUGAGGGUGCAUAAAGCGGUAUAUAUUGUAUUCUACCCCGUAGGCGGCCCCCUGCAACCCUGUAUAGUUAGUAUGCAUGAUUUUUAAAAGUGUAUAUAUUGAAUCAUAGUUUGUAUUUAUGUUUAUUUUUAGUUAGUAUUAAUUAUUUUUUAAGUGUAUAUAUUAAAUUUUAUAUUUAUGUUUAUUUAUUUAUUUUCUAAUAAAAACGUAUUUAACAAUAUACAUGAGUUUUUCUUACUUUAAACUUAGAGAAGUAUUUAAUUUUUAUAAAAUAAUAUUUAUGACAAAGGGGGUAAGAAACAAAUUUACUUUAAAAAAAGUUAAAAUAUUAUUUUAAAUCAAGCUUUUAUACCUAUCAAGUUCAUAAUUAUUCUAGCAUAACUUUAUUAUCAUUUUGAAUCAACUUUUUGUGAACCAAGUUCUAUAGUUCGUCCAGUCUAAUUUUUAUAAAAUUUCUUCUCUCCAUCUUAGUAAGACUUAUAUCGUCAUUUAC